GUCUUAUGUUAUUGUUAGUUGAAACACUAAAAAACACUAAACAGGAAAACUGCUAUUGUUACUCAAUACCUACGUUCUACUCGAACUGGUAUUUUUCUAUUUAGUUGUCAGUAUUCUACAGUACUUAUGUUUAUUUUUGUCCAUUCGUCUAAACUGAAGUAACCAUUGGUUUGACGUUCAUUUGUUUGUUGUUUGUUACCCGACUUUGGCAAGAGCUCCUGAAAUAUAAUAUAAUUUAUAGUCUACAUAUUACGUCUUAAAGAAUUACUAAAGAUGAAUACAAUUAUUCGUUCAAAUUUGAAGUGUUUGUAUUCUUUAAAUGCAUUCACAAUGAGUUUUAAUCGAUGUGCAAGCGGACUCGGUGAUUUGGGAAGUGGUGCUGGCAAAGGAGGUGGUGGUGGAGGAUCAAUCAGAGAUGCAGGAGGUGUCAUGGGUAAACGUGAGGCUGGUCUUGAAGAAGAAUUUUUCUACAAAAAGCAAAAAGAUCAGUUGAACAAGUUGAAACAAGAAAUUGAUUUUCGUAAACAAGAGAUAGAAAGGCACAUAGAAGAAAUUAAUAAAGCUAAAGCAGAAUUAGAUAAACAAAAUUAAUUGUUUUAUUUACAAUAAUUAUUCAUGUGAUUUUUAUUUGAAGGAAUAAUAUUUUUGAGUUUGAUACACUAAAUAAUAAAAUACAUUAUACUAUUAUGUUUAAUAAUACAGAAA